GGUACAUGACACUUCACAACAGAGUGAAAUUGACUUUUCAGAAUCAUCAUAGUAAAGAUUACGAUUUAAUAAAUAAGACGAAAAGCGUACAACAACUGCCCGUGAUAUGAAACAAUGUGGUGCUACGUUUCUCAGCCCAAUUCCCUUAUCUUAGGGGUAGAAGUGGAUCCAAAAGCUAAUGGCCAAGAGUGUCUGGAUAAGAUAUGUGAACAGUUAGACAUAAUAGAAGUAGAUUACUUUGGAUUAAUGUAUAAAGGCAGUAAAAGUGAAAAUUUAUGGUUAAAUCUUCGAAACCGGAUUGAUGAUCAGCUGUCUGGACCACCACCAUACCAACUUCAGAUAAGGGUGAAGUUUUUUGUAAAACCACACUAUAUUCUUCAAGAAUCAACAAGACAUCAGUUUUAUCUCCAAGUUAAACAAGAACUUCACAACAAAGUGUUGGAAGUGGAAAAUGAAAACAAAGCAAUUAACAUGAUAGCAUUAAUGGCACAAGCAGAAUUUGGGGAUCAAAAUAACAAUUCUUAUCAACUGAACAAAUACAAGGAACUCUUUCGGGGAAUUUGUGAAUUUACAGCCGAUAAUGUCCAUAGAGUUUUUGAGGAGCAUACAGGAUUGUGUGGAACGUCUCAACCUACAGCAGAAUAUCAGCUUUUACAAGAAGCAGCCGAACUAGAAAACUAUGGGAUGGAAACCCACUUUGCAAGAAAUGGGAAUGGUGAUGACAUAAAGAUUGGCGUGGGUCCAGGAGGUUUCUUUGUACAUAACUUAACACAUCAUACUACGCAAACUGUUCCAUAUCCAUUAAUACAGAUGGCUACCUAUAUGGAUAGAUCUGUUGUGUUAAAAAUAUAUAAUGCAGAUGGAGAUCCUAAAAAUACAAUGGGGUUUAAACUAGUCAGUCGUAAAGCUGCUAAUGCGCUCUACAGAAGUGUGACAGAGAUGCAUUCUUUCUUUAGAUGUGAUACUGUUAGAAAUGAUGUGUCUACACAGUUUAGUAGAGAUCUAAAAGGAACCUUAGCUUCUCUGUUUAAUGAAAAUACAGAUCUAGGAAAGAAGUAUGUAUUUGAUAUUCGUCGAACCUGUCGUGAAGCUUAUGAUCAUGCUCGACGAAUUUUACACACCAACCAUAAAGUUCCAUCUUCUACAUCAGUUCAACAUAAAUCAUUAUCAAUAGAAAGUGAUAAAAUAACACACAGCAAUGUAUCAGAUAUAUCAGAAUGCGAGAUUUUAAAGAAGAAAAUCCAAUGUUUAGAGGAAGGAUUUACAUGUUUAGUUUGUAGAGACAGUUCAAUACAAACAGCAUUGUGUCCAUGUGGUCAUGUUAUUUGUUGUCAGAUGUGUGCUGAACAAUUACAAGAGUGUCCAUUGUGUCGAAGUAAAAUUGAAAAAGUGCAGCGUGUAUACAUUCCUGGAAUUCAGGGAGAAGAAAGUAGAAAUAUUGACAUUGCUAGUAAUGAAACUUGAUUUGUAUUGAGCUUUCAUCAAACUUGUUCCUUGCCAUCCAUUUAUUACUCAUACCAAAUGUUCUCCACAUUGUUUAUAUUUAAAUUAAUCACAUGUCAAAUAUUCCCUCUUCAUAUCAAAAAAAAAGAAGUGUCUUAAAGAGUUAUUUUCAGUACGCUUUUCUGUCCUGAAAAAAAAAAGCUGAUGUUAUUUAUUUAAAUGUUAUUAAUUUAUUUUAAAAAAAGAUAGUGUAAGUAAUUUAACACUAACCAACCAGCCUAUAUAUUUAAACAGUUCGGUUUGAACUAUUUGUCUUUUACUUACAUUUAAUGUUUCAUAUCAAAACAAAUUUUUACUAAUGCUACAAUCGAGUGAAUUCAUGAAUUCAAAAUUACAGGUUCCAUUUCUUAAGAAUUCCAAAAUUUAUAAUUUCUUUUUUUAACAUAAAAUUUUAAGUUUUCUAGUGAUUGCAUUUGGAAAAUAGAAUUCUUCAAUUCAUGGAGGGUUAGCGUAACAUCUGUGUCUGUGUUGAAUUAUUGAAAGACAUGGUGUUAAUUUUUCAAUAAAACAUUCUGUAACAUUAAUGGGGAUAAUAUAAACAUAACUUUGAAUAUCUUACUCUGAUAGUCAAAAUUUGAAUUAAUAUUUCCUGUCAUAAUUUUUAGUCAUAGUCGUUCAAUAUUAAGUAAAUAUUUCAUUUUUUUUUUAUUUAUCAAUUAUUAUCUCUAUAUAAUAGAGUCGGAUCUCAUAUUCAUCUUACUUCAUAUGUGUAUAUAUUCAUACAUUGUCAAUAUAGAAGUUUUAAGCAAAAAAGGUUUUGUUUUAAUAUAUGAAAAAUAUCAAAAGUUUGACACUGAAUUACUGUUCUAAGAAUUGUUUGUAACACAACAUUUUAUUUGUACAAAGAAUGAAAUUCUCAAUAUGUAUUUCAAUAUUUUGGAAUAACAAUUUCUUUAAUGAUAGAUUGAUAGGACAUAAUUUAAGAAGACUAUUAUCAGAUGCUUACCUGUUUUCAUAUAGGCACAGUGUCAAACUGAAGAUAAAUUACAUUCCAUUCAAAAUGUAUACGAAUAGUCAGGUCUUUAAAUUGUGAUAAUAAUUUAACAUUUUGCAGACAUAUAUUUUCAUAAAAUACCCAACUCCUGCAUAGCAAAAGCUGUGUCAUAAAAUGUAAUUUAUAUUUAAAAGUUUAAAAGAAGUUCAUGUUUGUAAUGUUGUAAUUGUUAUGUAAAUACAUGUACAGAGAUACAAUAUUAUAUUUAAAAUAUUUUCAUGUUCUAGUAUAUACCACAGCAAACUGGCUUUAGAAAAUAACAUUCCAUUUAAUGAGUUGUACAAACUACUGUACAACAAAAUAAAAAUGUCCUAUACAGUAGAAUCUGCAUUAAGCAGCCACCCAAGGGAAUUUUCACAAAUGACCGCUUAACGGGAGUGGCCUCUUAAUAAAAUCUUGGUGCUUUUUGUGCUGACAUAAAUUAAAUAUUACGCUUGGAUGCAUUGGAAGCGGUAAAUUUGACCGUCGCUGAAUCUUGCGCCGAACGAAAAUUCUUACUCAAAUCUCGGACAUAACUUCUGUAAACUUGUCAUUUUGUACCAACCUUCGAUACUACUGUCUACCAUUGUGAUGCAUUCGAUAAUAUUUAUCCAUUUUUGUGAAGAAAAUCGAUGAAUUAAUUUUAUUUUAUCAAAAAAGAACAUGAACAAAAAAACACCACUGAUUUUAUCACCUAUUUACAGGAGGUGUAACUCUGUAUCUAAUAUUAUAGGAGGCGCUAAAACGUCUGUUUAACAAUAAAGUGGCAAGAGAUACUAGAUGAUCGUGACAAAACUCUUUUAUUUUAUUCAAUCAGUAUCAAAUAAUGUGUCGUUACGCGUGAAAACAAUGAUCAUAUUAGUCGUUUAAUAAAACAAAAGAUUAAUUAAUAGAUAAUCCCGGGUUGAUUGGUAUUUUUAUACGCCCACAUUUUCAUGUGGACGUAUUAUGCCGUCGCCCUUGUCCGUCCGUCCACAAUUUGUUUGUGGACACUCUACAGGUCACAAUUCUUAUCCGAUUUUGACGAAUUUUGAAAUAUAGGUUUAUCUCCAAAAGAUCUCGGUUCCUUUCGAUAUUGGCAUGUAUUGGAUCGAAACUUCAUGGAUUAUGGCCCCUGUUUGUACGAAAAAUCAUGUUUUUAGCUUGUGGACACUAUAGAGCUCACAAUUUUUAUCCGAUUUUGUUGAAACUUGAUAUCUAAGUUGAUAAUCCAAAGAUCUCGGUUCCUUUCGAUAUUCGUGCAUAUCGGAUUGUAACUUCCUGAAUUAUGGCCCCUGAUUGUACCAAAAAUCGUGUUUUUAGCUUGUGGACCCUAUAGAGGUCAUAAUUUUUAUCCGAUUUGAAAAACCGUUCUAUUAUAUCACCGUUAGACCGUAAGGAUGGCUGGGUGUGAAUUUCGUGAAAAUCGGCCUGAAAUUGACAGACAAAAUGGCCGCCGUUCGUUCUCAAAUAGCAUAAAAAUAUGGUAUAUCAAUGUUGUGGUCACUAUAGAGGUCACAAUUUUUAUCCUAUUUUGUUGAAACUUAAAAUGUAAGUAUAUAACCCAAAGAUCUCGGUUCCUUUCGAUAUUUGCGCAUAUCGGACCGUAACUUCCUGAAUUAUGGCCCCUGAUUGUACCAAAAAUCGCGUUUUUAGCUUGUGGACCCUAUAGAGGUCAUAAUUUUUAUCCGAUUUAAAAAAACGUAUUAUUAUAUCACUGUUACACCCUAAAGAUGGCUAAGUUCGAAUUUCGUGAAAAUCGGCCCAAAAUUGACAGACAAAAUGGCCACCGUUUGUUCUCAAAUAGCGUAAAAAUAUGGUAUAUCAAGGUUGUGGACACUACAGAGGUCACAGUUUUUAUCCGAUUUUGUUGAAACUUGAAAUGUAAGUUUAUAAGCCAAAGAUCUCGGUUCCUUUCGAUAUUCGCGCAUAUCGGACUGUAACUUCCUGAAUUAUGGCCCAUGAUUGUACCAAAAAUCGUGUUUUUAGCUUGUGGACCCUAUAGAGGUCAUAAUUUUUAUCCGAUUUAAAAAAACGUAUUAUUAUAUCACCGUUACACCCUAAAGAUGGCUAAGUUCGAAUUUCGUGAAAAUCGGCCCAAAAUUGACAGACAAAAUGGCCGCCGUUUGUUCUCAAAUAGCGUAAAAAUAUGGUAUAUCAAGGUUGUGGACACUACAGAGGUCACAAUUUUUAUCCGAUUUUGUUGAAACUUGAAAUGUAAGUUUAUAACCCAAAGAUCUCGGUUCCUUUCGAUAUUCGUGCAUAUCGGACCGUAACUUCCUGAAUUAUGGCCCCUGAUUGUACCAAAAAUCGUGUUUUUAGCUUGUGGACCCUAUAGAGGUCAUAAUUUUUAUCCGAUUUAAAAAAACGUAUUAUUAUAUUACCGUUCCACCCUAAGGACAGUUGAUUUUGAAUUUUGUGAAAAUCGGCCCAAAAUUGACAGACAAAAUGGCCGCCGUUCGUUCUCAAAUAGCGUAAAAAUAUGGUAUAUCAAGGUUGUGGACCCUAUAGAGGUCACAAUUUUUAUCUGAUUUUGUUGAAACUUGAAAUGUAAGUUUAUAAUCCAAAGAUCUCGGUUACUUUCGAUAUUCGUGCAUAUCGGACCGUAACUUCCUGAAUUAUGGCCCCUGAUUGUACGAAAAAUCGCUUUCUUUUUAGCUUGUUCUCUAUCCAUCUCUCGAAAGUGUCCUGUCUGGCAGCUGCUGGUUACAUUUCUUUUUACCUGAUCAGUGGGGGUCCAGUUAAUUAACUACUACUCACGGGAUUAGCGGGGGUGUUACAAAGAACGACAAGAUGGUAUCAUUCAACAAUGGCCGUUGAAUGGGCGAUGUUUUGUUGAAUUUAUUAGUAAAAUAGUGACCGCUGGCCAUGUUAGAGGAGUGACCGUUGAAUAAAGAGAUGAGACAACAGAAUUUUUACGGGGGGAAUUUAUCGUGACCGCUUACAAGGAGAUGCCGCUGAAUAGGAGUGGCUGCUCAUACAGAUUCUACUGUACUUGCUAUAAAAGCUUUACCGGCAGAGUAAGCCAUAUUUUUAGGGGGCUUAUCUCUGUCAACAAGAAACCAGGUGUGACCUCAGUCCAGAGAUAUAUUCAUUCUAAGUAACUACAAAUGACAGAGGUUGUUUUAUAGGCAACAUAAAUUGCAACAGCAAAAGGAGAAUGUGCUUUAUGAAAUGAAAUUCAGUUUGGAAGACACCAUUGUUAAAUAGUAUGGUAAAUGGGUCUGUAGCAAGGGUUUAUGGGCAUUUGUUAUUAUGUUUGCUAAUAAAAGGGUACAUGUUGUUUAACCGAUAUAGUUUUGUCUCAGGGAAUGAAUAGUAUUCACUUACUGUUUAUUCAAAUAUAUUAAUGUUUUAUUAUAAUAAAUUGAAUGAUGAUGGAUAGAAUAGUAUGUUAAUAUAAUUUAUUUGAGUUACAAAAAGUGUUGGUGUCAAUUUUUUGUUGUUUGAAAGUAGCAGUGGUAUGAGUUUAAUUAAAAUCAGAUGUCAAUUACAUUUUGUUUUAUUUUUGAUGAACUACAUUCACAUCUGACAUAUUCUCUUUGAAGUCAGAAAGUGGUUCAGAUUACAAUGUAGUGUAAAAAUCAGAAAUAUAAACAAAAUGAAAUUGUAAUUUUAAUAUUAGUUAGAUUGAUAGGGUGUGUAAUGUGCAUCUAUUAUGUCAUAACCAAUGUAAAUUGCAAUUAUUAAUAUUAUGAGAAAUUGAAACACCUUUUCGUUUGGUAGCCUUCCCGGUCUCGAGUUGAUAAAAAUCGUGUUAAUUUAAUGUAGCCUUGAUCGUAUACAGGGUAUUUUAAACAUUAGUCAAAUUUCAUUAAUGUACCUUGAUUGUUGACUGAAAGAUUGAUACGAAAAAAUUAAUUGGAAUUAGGUAUGUGCAUGUUGCAUAAAGAUAAACUAGAAAAUGUACAUUCUGUGAAGAUUGGUGUGAAAAAAAGACCUAACUAAUUAUUGCUUUCUGAAAUUGUAAAUAAAAUAUCAAAUUUUGAAAAUAUUGUUAUAAGUAUGCCUAUUGUUAGACUUUGUCUAAACCACAAAUAUCAUAAACUAAAUAGUCAUUUUAUCAUUGUUAAUAAUAAAGAGUUUUGUUAUUAAUUGAAUUAAAUUAUUAAAUACAUUUGAUAUUAUUAAAUGACAUUUGCCAUGUAGAAAUAUCAAAUGUAGCAUCGAUGUAUUGUAUUUAUUAUAUACAUAAAUCAUUGGUCACAAUUUAACACAUGGGUAAUCACUUUGUGUAAUUAGCAACUUUUUAUUUGACUUUCAUAACAAACAUUUAAUGUGCCUUUUAUACAUACUGUGUACUACAUGUAUUAGGAUGCAAUACUGACUCGACUUUUAGCACAAUAUGAUAUUUGCAGGAAAUAGUUUGAUCCAAUAGUGGGAUAUGGUUAGGGUAUUGGUCAAAUAUUUGUAGGUUUUCUAAGAUUUGAUAUACUUUCACUUUUCUUCAUUGCCCAUCAUUGUACAAGGUACAGGUCAUCAUGGGUUAAAGAGAUAAUACCUUAUUACAACAAUUGUUUAUAAUUAUAUGUGGAAAAAAACUAAGUCUUUCAUCCAUUAUGUACAUAAAAGAUCAUAUCAAUAAACAAAACUUUCUUAAAUUU